GAAGGUCGUAGCUUUGCAUUCAGUCGAAAAUAGUCAAAAAACCACCAACAGUGUCCAAUCAUUUUUAGUUUCCUUGAAUAUCUAGUUUGUCCUUGCAUUUAUAGUACAACCAUACUGUCAAGUCUCUGUCUGAAGCUGAUAAUAUACCUCGGCUAGUUUGGUUGGGACCUUGCAUUAUGGGCGAACGUAAUUCGCUGCCAUCAGAAUGGGUUCGUUUGAAUGUAGGGGGAAAGCUGUUCAUGACAACUAGAUCAACUCUCUGCAAAAGGGAGGAUUCAUUUCUCAGUCGCUUGUGCCAGGACGACCCCGGCCUUCCAACGUACAAGGAUGAAAACGGUGCAUAUCUCAUCGAUAGAGAUCCCGACUAUUUCUCGCCCAUUCUGAAUUACCUCCGUCACGGUAAACUCUGUGUCAAUGAAGGCGUAUCCAUGCACGCCAUCCUAGAAGAAGCAGAGUUUUACAACAUUGCUUCUCUUGUAACCCUGGUCAAGCAACAACUAGAUGAACCCAAGUCAGAAGAUGAAGAGAAAACUAUGGUAUAUCGUGUACUGUCUUGCCGGGAGAGAGAGCUCACUCAAAUGUUGUCCACUAUGUCCAGAGGAUGGAAAUGCGAACAGGUUAUUCCUCUCAAUCAUUCCUAUAGUCAGGCAUCAGAUCACACCGAGUUCCUGCUGGUCGUGUCGCGUUCUGUAGAGCGUCAGCCUGUUUCUCCCUUCUCGGGCCAGUCAGAUAAGCUCAGCAGAGUCGGACAACAUUGCUGACCAGCUGGCUGGCGCUGGAUUUAGGGACAGCAUUGCUGACCAGCUGGCUGGCGCUGGGUUUAAGCGCAGUCUCGCUGUACUCGGGUCAGUGAUCAGUCUCUUGUGCUGCCAUUGCCUGCCGCUGGCCGGGAGAGCCUUGUGCUUGCGCCUAGCUACAUGCUUGUUACUAGUGUUAGCAGGUGAUUACUUAGCCCGCGCUUGUUUGGUCUUGUGGCUCUACAGUCAUUUGUUUCCAGCCAUCUUAUGUACACUGACUGAGUCAUGUACUAAUCCGAGCACCAGCAAACAGGUAUUUGUACGUGUGUGUGUGUGUGUGUGUGUGCGCGUGUGUGUGGGUGAGGUGAUCGAGUGCUGUGUGGGUCUGCUACUGCCGAAAGCACUGCCACACCUGGACAUGCUGUACAUGUAUUGCAGCUGUCCUGUACCAGUGCUGCUUCUGCUGUUGCUGCUGCUUCUGCUGUUGCUGCAGCUGAUGUUGCUGUUGCUGCUGCUUCUGCUGUUGCUGCUGCUGGUGCUGCUGCAGCUGCAGUUGAUGAUGCUGCUAUUGUUGUACAUAUUGUACAUGUUGAUGUGCAUGUUGCAGUGCAUGAAUAACAUGCAACACAGUGACUGUAUGUACUGCUAUGAUAGACACCAAGUGCCAGCCGUUAGUUCAAUAUGAUCGUAGUACUUGUAGUUGUAUAAUACUUUAGUCGGCAUGUUACUCACCCGUGGCUCUAGCUAGUACACCCAUCUAUCAUUCACAGCAUGAUUGUGUGUUGUCUAGGCAUAUACUGGAUACUAUCAUAGUUGUGGGUGCUUUCUCAAUUUUGAAUCCUUUUAAAACUGCUUCAUUCAAAGUAGUUCCCUCUGCCAUUUAUCAUCUUCAAACAAUACAGAUUUCUCUAUACUUUAUAUCGUCUAUUCACACUAAUCAGCCACCCUGCCUUUUUCUACUUCUUCUGAAAGGUCCACUCUCUUUUCUUUUAUCGGAAGAGCUGUCUGCUCUUCACUGAAUCAGUCCAGGUUGGACACAGAGUGUAGCUGCA